AUGCCGGCGUUGCUGGCCGCCGUCUGGGCCCUGCUGGCCGUCGCCUUCCUGGCUGCGCUGCUGCUGUGGCAGGCCCCGACGCGGCGGCCCGGUGGCGGUGAUGGCGACGGCGGCGGCGUCUCCGGCUUCUUCCAGGAUCUGAUCCGCUACGGGAAGACGAAGCGCGGCGGGGGGCGGCAGCCGGCCUGGCUACACCGCCUCCAGGUGCCCAAGAGGUGGUUUACUCAUUUUUAUGUGGUUUCUGUGCUCUGGAAUGGCUUUCUGCUGGCCAGGCUUUUCCAAGCUGAGUGUCUCGGAGGAUCGCUCCCAUCAUGGAUUCAGCACAUGCAGCAUGCUCUCAGCAGGGAUUCUCAGAGUGAGGACACAGGUAGUGAGCACUUCUCUGUGCUCCUUGCUCUCCUGCUGCUUUGGCUGCACAGCUGUCAGAGGCUGGCAGAGUGCCUCUGGACCAGUGUGUUCUCCAACGGCGUCAUUCAUAUCGUGCAGUACUGCUUUGGGCUUGGCUACUACGUUGUCCUUGGCUCAACUCUGCUCUGCCAAGUGCCUACCAGCAGCAGGAAAGGAAAAAAGCUUUCUGUCCAUGUCUGCUGGUACCACGUUGUAGGAGUUGUGAUGUACAUCUGGGCCUCUCUUCACCAGCACAGAUGUCUUGUGAUUCUAGCUGGGCUUAGAAAAAGUAAAUCAGGAAGUGUCGUAAGCCUGAACCACAGUGUACCUUUUGGAGACUGGUUUGAGAGAGUUUCUUGCCCUCAUUAUUUUGCAGAGCUCCUCAUCUACGUGUCCAUGGCUGUCGUGCUGGGAUUUCACAACGUGACCUGGUGGUGUGUGGUGAUCUAUGUUCUUUUUAACCAGGCACUGGCUGCUGCUUUGUGCCAUGAGUUCUACCAGGAGCACUUCAGCUCCUACCCAAAGCAUCGAAAAGCAUUUAUACCAUUUGUUUUCUAGAACAGUUCUUUAGCUGCAAACCAGAAAAUGUUUUC